CUACCGAGAAGGUCGAAGUUACGACAUCGGAGUAAGAGUGUGGCUUAUACAUUCUCUCCAACUCCAUCGGAAUAUUUUACCUUUGUGAAUAUAGGAAACAUAUCAAACUGGCUCAUCGAUGACAGAAUACAAAUUGGUAGUCGUUGGAGCGGGUGGUGUGGGGAAAAGUGCUCUAACCAUCCAGCUCAUACAGAACCACUUCGUAGAAGAAUAUGAUCCUACCAUAGAGGAUUCCUACAGGAAACAGGUGGUCAUUGAUGAUGAGACAUGUCUGCUAGACAUUCUGGACACUGCUGGUCAAGAGGAGUACAGUGCCAUGAGGGACCAGUACAUGAGGACAGGUGAGGGAUUCCUCUGUGUGUUUGCUGUAAACAACCUCAAAUCAUUUGAAGAUAUCAACACCUAUAAAGAGCAGAUUAAGCGGGUAAAAGAUGCAGAGGAGGUACCCAUGGUUUUGGUAGGAAACAAAAUGGACUUACAGGAACAACACAUGGUUGAGGACAAGGAUGCCAAGGCUUUGGCCAAUAGCUACAAUAUCCCUUAUGUACGCACUUCUGCCAAGACACGUCAGGGGGUUGAUGACGCUUUCUACUCCCUAGUACGCGAAAUAAGGCUAUAUAAAGACAAAAAGGGCAAACAUCCACGAAAGAAGAAGAGAUUAUGUGCACUCAUCUAAUAUGACACAAAUUUUAUAUUGACUCUUCCCUGAUAUAUAUUUAUAUAUCAACACCAGUUAUCUGCCCCUUUCUCUCACUACGACCACCAGGUGGUGCAGUUUUUCAAUAACAACGUAAACAGGAAACAAUGAAAUGAAUGCAUAUUUAUCAUUAUUUUAUCAGGUUUUUUUUCUCUGUACACAAGUAUAGACUGGUAGAAAGGUGUAACAGUAACAUCUUAGAUGUAGAAAUUGGCUUUAAAGAUUUUUGAUCCUUUGAUUAAUUUGAGGCUUUUUGUAGAGAUCACAUCAGGUCAUAACGGAUGGAAUAACAGUGCAGCUUAUCCCAUGUGAUGAAGAUUUUCAGUUGAUAUAGUAAGUCUUCAUCAGUUUUUACAAUUGUCAACUUGUCUAAUUACUUUUUUGAAAUUGUGAAAAGCAAAUUAUAUGCUCAUUCAAUGAAAUAUGAAUUGGAACAAGUGUGAGUUUUGAAGAAGUUGGACUAUUUUUGUUCAUCUUAAGGAUGAAAAAACAACAAUAGAAAAAGAAUGAAGUGAUGUAGAAGUUAUUUAGAUCUCCUGGAUGUUACAUUGACAAUUUAAAAUGUCAUUUAACCAGGUUAAGUGGAAUAGAGAUUGUCUAUUCACAGAGAUACAGUUUGUCAUUCAGACAUCAGUACCCAGGUAAAUAUUUCUUUUAUAGUCAUUAUGAUAAGAAAUGUAAUUAUAAAACAGUUUCUGUAAGUCGUCUUAGAACUGCUCGUGCAUUUUUGUGUCAAAUUUGAUUUUUUUUAAAUCAAAGCAGAGUUCAUUUGUUGCUGAGAUAGUGAUAGAAAUUUAUUAUGAAGACUGAAAUAAUUUAUGAAAGCACCAACAAUUUAAGUGAAUUUGCUUAGAUAGAAGUUUUGACUUCCGAUCCACAUGUUACUGAACAAGUGACUUGCAACAGACAUGGGGUGAUUAUGUUACAAAGUGGGUGUACAGUCUAGCCUCCUCAAUGUCAUGGUAAUCUUGCUAGAAACUGAUUCAUGAGCUUCUGAUGUUCCUAGAAUUAAUUGUAACAAUUACUGCUUGCCAAGAGUUUUUGUCAUUUUUUUACGAAGCACUGUUAAAAAAUCACAACCAUUUCUGAUGUUGUACAUAACAUUAUAUGUCUGGAUGUAUUAUUUUUAUGUUUUUCUUAAACAGAUUUGAACUAAGAUAACAAUAGAUUGGUUUAUGUAGGCAGGAUAAUUUCUCCUGUAAUGAGGUCAGAAACGUCCCGUUAAGGAUAGACCUCAGGUGAGUGUAAUGGAAACAUUAAGCCUGAUACGGUUAGAUUGUAUUCCCACGUAAUUGUCAUUUUAUCCAAACUUGUCAAAAUAAUUGGUCAACUGCUCCACAUCUCCAUCGUACAUUCCUUCUCAAAUUACCACCUUCUUUAUAAGCUUUUAUACAGUGUGUCUUUGUCUUCUCAUCAUCAGCGCUUUUUUACGGUGUUUGUUAGGUCUGUAUGUGUUGUGGAUGAACUAUCUUGGUGUUUCUUCAACUAGUCUUCAUAUCUAAUCUACAACUGUUAAUAAACCAUGUUCUAAUGUUCUGUACCUGUAUGUAUUUGUGACUUUUGUCUUAACACCAAUUCUAUACAUCUAAAUAAAAUAAAGAUAUGUUGACACAUCUCAUAGUUUAUGACACUUGAUUAACAAACAUUAGCUGGGUAUAUACCGUUCAGUACUGUCUCAUACUUACUUUAUGUUAUAUUGCUUUAAUGGGAAGGAAUAAUAUAUGUUCUGCACUGGCGAGGGUUUGAUCUAACGACACUCUUCUUCUUGAAUCAAGGGAAACGCCCACUAGUUGAGAUUUAGUAAGAUGACUCUAAUACUGAAGCUUAUGUCACAUACUGAUGUAUAAUAUAAACUUAUAUGGACUUAAGUUAUCAAGAACACAUUGUACUGUAGAUAACGUCAUACAUUUUCUUAGUAAUAUACAGUAUAUAAUUAUAUAAGAUAUAUCACAAGAUUUCCUAAACAUACGUACUGUUAAUCUGUUUAAUUUACAGAAUGUUUGAUAUCUUAACUCACAUGACCAGGUAAUGUGAUAUUCGAAUACACCAUGAACAGGGAAUUUGAAAACUUGUUUCAGAACCCAGGUUCAUAUAUUCUCAGAGAAGUUAGAUAACAUGUUAUGCUCACUCUUACAAUUCAGAUUAUUUGGGAUGGUGAAAUAAAACCAAAACUAUAUAUACUUAAUGAUACCAAUCUAGAAUGGUUAGUGUUUUGAUAAAUUUGUAUAUCGUUAUCUUAGUGUGAAUUCUCAAAAGAAUUACAUGUAUGUAAUUUAAUGUGUGCUUGCAGUGUUGGUCAUGCUUGAAAGAUACUCUUUAAUUGGAUAUCGAUGAUAAGUAUUAGGAUAUCUGUAUAGUUUACAAAGUUUACCUCUAUAUAGUGACCAAGACCACAGCAUUGUGGUUAUCUGAGAACUAAAUGUAGUAGAUUUUGACUGUUGGUUUAAUGUCACAGUUGUCAGCAAGCUUGAUGUCAUGGAAUCUACAUGUAUGUUUGGUCAUAUAGAAGUUUGGAGACUGUAACCUUUAGUACAUUCAACUUGUUAACAUCUGGAAUUUUAACAGGAUUGUGAUCUUGUACAUGUAGAAUGGUCACAUGCAUAAUAUGUUCAUAAUUUACAGGUUUUUCAGAAAGUGGUAUUAGCUGUAGGAGCUGAAAAUGGAAAACAUUCAAUACUUUUUACCCACAAUAUAUGAAGAAGAUGGCUUCUCGUAGAUAUAACAUUACUCUUUAAGAAGAUAUGAACUACAAAACAUCAGUAAUUGGUAUUGAAGAGUUCAGUACUGAAUUUCAGUGUUAAUAACUACACAAAUAAAGACAAGACUUGGGAGAAGAACAAUAUUAGGGGAUCUUUGUGAAAUUCUUUUAUUUCUGCAUUUCAGUUCUAUAAUAUGUAAACCUUUUCACCUCACUGCCAUUGUAAAAUGUAUAACAAGGAUGUGAUAAUUACCAGUGUUUAGAUUUUUACUAUGUAGGGUAGAACUCUCUAAUACUAAGACAGAUUAACACUGAAGAGGAUGUUUACCUUAAUUAGAUGUUGAGUUGAUCUCUACGUCAGGAAUAUUUCAGUUAUUUUUUUAAGAAUUGUUAACUAUUUGUUUAUUAUAAUAUUUUUAAUUUGGAAAAAAAAGCAAAUAUGAAGUUUUAAUAUUGUUUUUGAAACUUGAUUUUUGUUGAUAUUUUGACUAUAUAUAUAUAUACUGUAUAAUUAGGACAAAAUAUACUUUUAAUCAGAAUUAAAUUCAUCUUGAUUUUCCAUGUUAUAAGACAAUAGGAAUCAACCCAGAUGCUGAUCAAUGAAGUAGGAACCUGAUGGUUUGUCAGGUCACAUCGGCAUAACUGAGUGUCUAAUACACUUGUAUCUGUUUACACUGUAAACAAUUUGUUACGGUGUGUCGUCGUUUUAAUAAGGUAUGGUUGAGAAUAGAUAGAGAAAGGACAUGAAAUCCUAGUCUAGUCUUUGGGUUGUGUGUUCAGUUAUAGUCACUCCUUAUUGGUCUCUAGUUUGACUGCGAGGGGGAAAGGGUAUCUAAAUUGUUUCUUCAGUGUGAUAUAAGGGAGGUAACUCUGAGAUUCUCCGUCUUUCUCAAUCUGCAUUUAGUCUUUUUAAACACUAGUACAGCUUACAGAGUAUUGUCCAGUUCUAAGUGAUGUGGUAUGUUAACAUUGUUGUGUGAGUCGACUCCACAUUGAUCACAGGUGUCUGACACACUAGUAAAAAACAAUAAAACAGUAUUUUGUUUUACUGGUGUGUCGGAACCCUGUGUUUUUGGUCAUUGUUUAUAUUUAGCCGUUAUAUAUCCACAUAACCAUUACUGUGUAUUACUGAUGGCACGUUUAUCUAAUUUUGAAUGUUAUUUUUUUGAUCAUGCACAAUAAAAUGGAAUAACAUUGAUAAACUAC